AUGGAGGGGUCGGUAAAGGCCCGUCUCUGGGCAUCUCUGCAAUCCUCCUCUGCUCCGUGAUGUGCACUUUGGGCAAGGAGAGUGCGUGCGUGAGUCCGCCUUGUGAGGGAAGUGAAAAGGAGCUGAGCCCGGGACGAGCCAGGGAUUGCUCAGAGUGUGAGAGGGUCCAGCAGAAGAAAACAUGGCUGCCAAAGUGUUUGAGUCCAUUGGCAAGUUUGGCCUGGCCUUAGCUGUUGCAGGAGGCGUGGUGAACUCGGCCUUAUAUAAUGUGGAUGCUGGGCACAGAGCUGUCAUCUUUGACCGAUUCCGUGGAGUACAGGACAUUGUGGUAGGGGAAGGGACUCACUUUCUCAUCCCAUGGGUACAGAAACCAAUUAUCUUUGACUGUCGUUCUCGGCCACGUAAUGUGCCAGUCAUCACUGGUAGCAAAGAUUUACAGAAUGUCAACAUCACACUGCGCAUCCUCUUCCGGCCCGUUGCUAGCCAGCUGCCUCGCAUCUUCACCAGCAUCGGAGAGGACUAUGAUGAGCGCGUGCUGCCGUCCAUCACGACUGAGAUCCUCAAGUCAGUGGUGGCUCGCUUUGAUGCUGGAGAACUAAUCACCCAGAGAGAGCUGGUCUCCAGGCAGGUGAGCGACGACCUUACAGAGCGAGCAGCCACCUUUGGGCUCAUCCUGGACGAUGUGUCCUUGACACAUCUGACCUUCGGGAAGGAGUUCACAGAAGCGGUGGAAGCCAAACAGGUGGCUCAGCAGGAAGCAGAGAGGGCCAGAUUUGUGGUGGAAAAGGCUGAGCAGCAGAAAAAGGCGGCUAUCAUCUCUGCUGAGGGCGACUCCAAGGCAGCUGAGCUGAUUGCCAACUCACUGGCCACCGCAGGAGACGGCCUGAUCGAGCUGCGCAAGCUGGAAGCCGCGGAGGACAUCGCGUACCAGCUGUCACGCUCUCGGAACAUCACCUACCUGCCGGCAGGGCAGUCCGUGCUCCUCCAGCUGCCCCAGUGAGGGCCCACCCUACCUGCGCCUCCACGGGCCAACUGGGCCACAGCCCCAAUGAUUCUUGACACCGCCUUCCUUCUGCCCCCACCCCAGAAAUCACUGUGAAAUUUCAUGAUUGGCUUAAAGUGAAGGAAAUAAAGGUAAAAUCACUUCAGAUCUCUAAUUAGUUUAUCAAAUGAAACACUUGCAUUCUUCCCAUGUCCAACUACUUUUUUAUCCACCUCCCUACCAAAAAUUGCCAAGUGCCUAUGCAAACUGGCUUUAGGUCCCAAUUCGGGGACUGCUGGAGCUCCGGCCUGGGCACCAGCAUUUGACAGCAUGCAGGUAGGGCAGUGUGUGAUGGACUGGGGAGCACAGGUGUCCACCUGGGUCCACGGGUGGCCUCCAUCCUGUCACUGAUGCUGCAAGAUUUGCGGAUGAGGGCACGUGGCUGAACUGAGAAGGCAGGCCUCCGUCUUCCCAGUAGUUCCUGCGCAGAUGCUGCUGAAGAGGUGCUGGGGAGGGGCAGAGAGGAAGCGAUCUGUCUCUUACCAUAAGGCUGAUUCUCUUUAACUGUGCGACCAGCGGAAGCAGGUGUGUGUGAACUGGGCACAGAUGGAAGAAUCUGCCCCUCUUGAGGUGGGUGGGCCUGAUUGUUGACCCCUAGGGUCCUAUAACUUGGAUGGACUUGGAUAGUGAGAGAGGAGGGCUGGACCGAGAUGUGAGUCCUGUCGAAGACUUCCUCUCUACCCCCCACCUUGGUCCCUCUCAAAUACCCAGUGGAAUUCCAACUUGAAGGAUUGCAUCCUGCUGGGGCUGAACAUGCCUGCCAAAGACAUGUCCGACCUGCAUUCCUGGCUCCCCCAUUCAGAGACUGCCCUUCUCAAGGGCUCUGUGCCUGUGCUGGGAAGGAAACAACCAUGGGAAGGAAACAAAUGUGUGUAAACUGCUGUCAAUAAAGGACACCCAGACCUUC